GGCAUCUAUGGCUAAUUCAUAUACGUCCAUCAAUUUUCAAAGAAAUGCGGACCUCUAUGUCCUCUUUUUGCUUUACGGUAUUUGAGUAAUAUAAACGUUUCUCUCAUUUGAAAAAGACGAGUUACGAGCAUUAUCUUUCGAAUUUUUUUAAAUUGAUGUGCAACUAUGUCUGAGAUUAAAGAUGAUCCGCGAGAAGUUCUUGUUCUUCUCAAUUCACUAGGAUUCGUCGGCAUCACUGCGAUUCAACUAAAAGCUUUUAUGAAAGAUUUGAAGGUAUACAGAAAGAUAAAAGAACGCGAAAGACAGCAACGGAAAGAAGAGAUUAAAACAAAAAUAGUUAACAAACAACAGGCUCUACUCAAACAAGUUUAUAGACAUUGCGAUACAGUAGAUUAUUCCUCAAGUAAUAUCGUUCCUUCUGAAUCUUCAAAUUCUCUCGAUGAUGAGUCAGUGGUAAAAGUUCGAAUAAGAUGUAUUCCCAAGGAAGAGAGAGAGGCUAUACAAAAACAAAAAUGUUCCAAAACUGUGAUAAAAUCCGACGAGAAAUUAUCACAAACAAAAUACAAUGAGCAAGAUGUUAUUCAAGUAACUGAUGGAUCUGACAGAAUUUAUUGUGAACAAAAUUAUUCUAAUGUUAAAUUUUAUCCACUUGUCAGAAGUUCAAAAGACAUGAACAAACAAGAUUCUAAAUAUUUAGCAAAAAAUAGUCAUUUGACAGAAAGAUGCAAGCAAAAUUUAAAAAUAGAGGAACGGAUGAAACCAGCGACCUUAGUACAAGAGCAUCCAUCGAGUGCGCCUGUUUUAUCAAAUCAUAUAAGCCGAUCAGAAUUAAAAAACGUUAUAUCAGAUCCAACUGGAAACGUGCGCACGCAAAGUACUUUAUCUGCAAGAUCAUCCAUUCAUUCCGGACACAAAUCAUUUAUUCGACCAUGGAGAUUACAGUCUGAGGUACAGAAAAAUAUCACCAAUAAAAAAUGUGAUCCUGUUGCUCUUUACCAAAAGUACCAACAAGAAUGGAAGCAGAUAUCUUUUCCUGGAGAAGCAAAACACUCGAAAGUUAGAUGGGCUGUGCGAGAAAAAAUGCUUGGUACUGAUCCACAUCCCUUGCCACUUUCAAAAAAGUCGAUGGCUCCCAUGCCGAUAUUAAAGAGGAAGUGAUAACGAACUGCUUAGGGAAAGGAAAUAAACACGUAUAGAAAAUUGAUUUGAUAAAUAAUACGACAAUAAUUAACUAUUUUACUUUAUCUAAUA